AUGCCUAUUGCCACGUCGCUUAUCUGCAAUAUACGAUGUAAGAAAGGCGUCGUGGGAGAAGGGGUCGUUUUAAGUAGAAUAUUAUAUGUAUCUGAACAAUUAUACGCGAAUACAAAGGAAAUCUCUUCGAAGAUUGUUUUGUCUCAAGUACGGCGACCAUCCCAGUUAGAUCCACAUGGCACGAGGAGUGUACUCGCCCGUGCACUAGAUGUAUGGGAACAGGCAUCAAGACUCACCUUCACAGAAAUCAACUCGGAUGAAGCCGACAUUGUUGUUUCAUUUGCCAAGCGAUACCACGACGAUGCAUAUCCUUUUGACGGGCGCGGCUCAGUACUUGCGCAUGCGUUCUUUCCUGGAACAGGACGAGGAGGUGAUGCCCAUUUUGAUGAUGACGAACUAUGGCUUUUGCAGCCAAACAAUGACGAAGAGGAAGGAACGUCAUUGUUCGCUGUGGCUGCUCAUGAAUUUGGCCACUCGCUCGGCCUCAGCCAUAGUUCAGUAAAAGGCGCGCUCAUGUUCCCAUGGUAUCAAGGUAUACAACCAAACUUUGUGUUACCAGAAGAUGACAGAAAUGGCAUUCAGCAAAUGUAUGGUCCAAAAGUAAAGAAAUCUUGGGCUAGAAUACCUUACAGACCAAUAGAUACUCCACCGCCUACGACAACAACAACAACAACUACCACUACGACAACAAGAAAGCCUUACAUUCACAGACAUUACCAUCGUCCUUAUACUCCUUAUCCUCGAGCACCAAGUAAAUACCCUGUAUAUUAUCCUGAAAAACCAAACAAUCCUGAGAGGCCAACUUAUCCUGAGAGGCCAAAUUAUCCUGAUCGGAGUCCUUACUAUCCAGAUCGUCGCCACUAUAAUACAACUGAGGAACAUCCUCGACGCACUAAUCAUCACUAUCCGCGUACUACUGAAACGACAACUCAAGCGACUACAUACCGCCCUCGUUAUCCUCACGUUCCCGAAUACCCGAGUCAUCCUAGACCUAAUUAUCCUACAGAUUCUGGUCAAAACUAUCCAAAGAAGAAACCUUAUUAUCCAGUGAAGACAACAACUGUAAAACCAACUCCGCCCCCGGAUAAACCUGAUACCUGUGAUACAAGUUACGAUGCUGUAUCUCUUAUAAGGGGUGAACUCUUUAUUUUCAAAAAUAGGUACCAUUGGAGGAUAGGUGCGAACGGCCGCUAUCCGGGCUACCCUAUCGAAAUAUCUAGGAUGUGGUCUCAGCUUCCGAAGAAUCUUACACAUGUCGAUGCCGUUUAUGAGCGACCAGAUCGUAAAAUAGCUAUUUUUAUUGGCAAGCAGCUCUACUUAUUCGAUUCGCAAUAUUUAUUACCAGGAUAUCCUAAGAAUUUAGUUCAACUUGGACUACCUGAUAGUAUAGAUAAAUUGGAUGCAGCCAUGGUUUGGGGACACAACGGCAAAACUUACUUUUAUAGCGGCACUAUGUAUUGGAAAUUUGAUGAAGACAUAGGACGUGUUGAACUAGACUAUCCUCGUGAUAUGGCAAUGUGGAAAGGCGUUGGUUACAAUAUCGACAGCGUAUUCCAGUGGAAAGAUGGCAAAACCUACUUCUUCAAAGGAAAAGGUUUUUGGAAAUUCAACGAUCUACAAAUGCGGGUAGAGCAUGAACGACAACAUCCGUCAGCGCCAUUUUGGAUGUCCUGCCCCACUGAGCGUGCCGGACGACGAGCGCCGUUCCGCGCCCCGCCCGCGCCUGGCUCUACGCUGCGCUCUCCCAGUGCAGCCCCGAAAUACGACAACCACUUCCUUCCAUAUUGCGCUUCUAUUAUUCUACUAUUAUUAACCUAUAACCAAUACAAGUUG